CCGGCUGUGGCACCCCAAAGCUUUAAACACCCACAGUAUAUAAAACUGCGUUGUACAGCUUCUCUGAAACACAAAGCCAACUCGCGCGACUCAAAAAUUGCUUGGCGACUGACUACAUUAAACCAAGUCAAACCCCACACGUCCAGGCUCCUGGUAGCUUGUAAGGAAUCAUCUAUUCCAUCCUCACAAGACGCGCGUAGUGCUUGGGUUCGGGGCGCAUCGUGCGCAGGAUCUCGGGUGCUGCUCUCGGAGCCAUGCUGCCCCUUUCGUUGCUAAAGACGGCUCAGCGCCAUGGGGUGCUUGUGGAGUUAAAAAAUGGAGAGACGUACAACGGUUAUCUCCAGCACUGCGACACAUGGAUGAACCUGCACCUGUCGGAGGUCAUUUGCACGUCCAAGGAUGGGCAGCGGUUCUUUAAGAUGCCCGAGGCCUACAUCCGUGGCAACACCAUCAAGUACAUCAGCGUGCCCGAGGAGGUGGUGGACAAGGUACAGGAGGAGAACUUGAGACGCGACGAGAAGCGGCCCACAGUGGCCGGCCGCGGUCGUGGCGGCCGCAGCUGGUCGGGAGGCCGCGGCGAGGGCGGUGGGGGCCGCGGCGAGGGCGGCGGCCGUGGCCGUGGCGAGGCAGGACGCGGGCGUGGGCGCGGGCGCAGCUGAGCAGCGCGGCAGCGGACUGCUGUCCCGAAGGCCGUGGACGUGGUGGCGGACUCGGGCGGAAGCGAAGCGACUGCGGCGCCGGCGAGCCCGGCGCGGGGGCGGGCGUCAGCACGCGGGGCAGACAAUGGAACGUGAUUUGUUUGCAUGGCUGCUUGCCGGCACCGGAUUGUGAAUGGUGAUUGAGAGCUGAGGUGGUAGUAGCCAGCCUUGCUUGCCGCUAUCCAUGUGCGGUAUGCAUGUAAGUGCGGCGUGGGGCGGCCAGCUCCCUAAUGAUGGGGAGGUCGUGGGGGCGCCGCGGGCCAGCAGGGCAUGUCUGGGGUCUGUGGCUCCGCCCACGCGGGCUGACUGGCUUGACUGGAUUGUGGGGCCUGGAUUGUGGGGAGGCUGUGGGUUGCCCAGCGCUGGCCGAGCAAACUGUACGUCGUUGCGGGGUGUUGUUAUCGCACCGCGGUCACCGCUCUGGUGGACGCCCUGGCAAACGUAAUGAAGAGCCAGAUCGAAGUGUGUGGGCUACGUCUUAGAUACAGAGGCAUUGCGGCUGGUGCACGAGCGGGCUAGUCACGGCCAGUCACGCACGUAGGGCCGUAGGGGGCAACUUGGAUAGUGAAGUUGCCCCUGCAGGUUGGCUUGGCCAGUGUGGGUCCUGGCCUUCUGGGCCCCACCCAAACGGGCAUGUGUGUACAUGUGCCCGCACAGCAGCGCCAGACAGCGCAUUCCCUGUAACCACUCUAAGAC